AUGAGCCAGGAUCAAGGCGAGGGAAUCCGCCCGGAAGACUCCCCUGAAAAGGGUUGGAAGUCUGAGGAUGACGUUGAGUUAGUACCCCUUGAUCUUGGCCAGCCAGACAAAGAAGCGCAGAUCGGCUCGCGCCAGAAUCCAAACAAGAAGGAUCGAGAGGAGGGAAUCCGCCCGGAAGGCUCCCUUGAAGAAGGUUGGAAGCCUGAGGAAGACGUUGAGUUAGUACCCCUCGAUCCUAACCAGCCAGACAAGAAAGCGCGGAUCGGCUCGCGCCUAAGCCCAGACGAGAAGGUGGAGCUUACCACCUUCCUCCAAAACAACAAAGACAUGUUCGCGUGGUCACCAUCUGACAUGCCCGGCAUCGACCCAAACAUCAUCUGCCACCGCCUCCAUGUCAACCCUGCCAAUAAGCCCGUGGUGCAGAAGAGACGCAACUUCGCUCCCGAGCGAGUCGCGAUCAUUGAAGCUGAGAUCGACAAGCUUCUAGCCGCUGGAUUUAUUGAAGAUGUCUCCUACUCAGAAUGGCUGGCCAACGUUGUUCUGGUGGCAAAACAAGAAAAGGGAAAAUGGAGGGUGUGCGUCGAUUACACCGACCUCAACAAGGCAUGCCCUAAAGACAACUUCCCAUUGCCGAGGAUCGACCAGCUCGUGGAUUCGACUUCCGGCAACCAGCUGCUCAGCUUCAUGGAUGCCUACUUCGGCUAUAAUCAAAUUAUGAUGCUCGUGAAUAAGAUUUUCAAGGAGCAGAUCGGUAGAACCAUGGAAGUCUACGUGGAUGAUAUGCUGGUCAAAGCCCCCAAGCGUGGAGACCACCUCAAAAACCUCACCGAGACAUUCGGCCUGCUCCGCCAAUACCGCAUGAAGCUGAAUCCAAAGUUCACACCAUCAGCCGAAGAAGAGAAGCUGGUCAGCAAAAAGAAGGAAAGUUCGAGAGCAAACAAGACCUCCGCGGAACCUGACCAACCCAGAGACAUGUGGCAGCUACGCGUAGAUGGAGCAUCAAACCAGAAAGGAGCUGGAGCAGGCGUCGUCAUCAUCACCCCUGAUGGAACCCUGUUAGAGCAAGCUAUCACACUUGGCUUCCCGGCUUCAAAUAACGAGGCAGAGCACGAGGCAUUGCUCUCUGGCUUGCGCUUGGCAAAGGAGCUAUCAAUCAAGAAGCUGGCCAUCUACUCGGAUUCCCAGCUGAUCACAAGUCAAGCCUUAGGAGAAUACAUGGCGAAGCACCCAAGGAUGAUCUUGUACCUUGACAAAGUCCAAGAGCUGUUGAAGGCAUUUCCCACCUUCACCAUCCAGCAAGUGCCCCGAGCAGAGAACGCACACGCAGAUGCACUGGCCAGCUUAGGAUCAGCACUGGAUACCCAGUUCAGACGCUCUAUCCCAGUCGAACACCUUGACCAGCCUAGCAUAGAAGAGGCAGAACAACCGGACCUAAUGCAGAUCGACGAGGAUCCUAGCUGGCAAGAACCCAUCAUUGACUACCUAGUGAAUGAAAACUUCCCCGAUGACAAGUCCGAGGCCAGGAAAAUCAAGCAGAAGGCUGCAAGAUAUUACAUGAAAGGCGACACGCUUAUCCGCAGAUCAUACUACGGGCCUCAUCUCACUUGCAUCAAGUACCCGCAAACGCUCGAGGUUCUCUGCAAAAUACACGACGGCGAUUGCGGAAAUCACGCUGGAGGCAGGUCGCUUGCUCAGAAGGCUCUUAGAAUCGGCUAUUUCUGGCCUACCAUGCACAAAGACUCUACGGAGUAUGCUCGAAGAUGUGAUCGAUGCCAACGAUACAAGCCGAUCCUUGGCUUGCCAGCUGAGGAAUACCAUCCACAGAACAGUCCAUGGCCGUUCAUGCAGUGGGCCAUUGACUUGGUGGGACCUAUGCCGACAGCACCUGCCAAUAAGGAGAUAAUGAUCGUUGCCACUGAUUACUUCACCAAAUGGAUCGAGGCCGAGGCUUUAUCUUCUACCAAGGAAGCUGACGUUGAACGAUUCAUCUGGAAGAACAUCAUUUGCAGAUUCGAGCAUUAUUGCUAUGUCUCCGGACACACACUUACAAGAUACAAUGAGAAUUGA